AUGGCUCAAUAUACUCAGGUGGAACUCCUCACCAUUCACGGCUCGGAAUUCCGUCGAGUCUCAACCGCGCCACCUAGACUACCGACACAAGAUGAGAUCCCUGUCAUUGACAUUGGCGGAAUUGAUGGCGAUCUAGAAGCACGGAAAAAUAUCGCAUCCCAAGUCAAGGCUGCAGCCGAGAGCACAGGCUUUUUCUACAUCAAGAACCAUGGCAUCCCAGAAACCCUGAUCGAAAAGGCUCUAGCAAAUUCCAAAGUAUUCUUCAGCCAGACAGAUGAACAGAAGGACCUGGUCUCUCACAAGAAAUUCACCCAUUUCAAUGGGUACCAUGGAGUCGGAAGUACCCAAGUUAACAAGAGAGAGACAAAAGACAAGAAAGAAACCUUCUCCCUCCGCUACAAUCCAACCAACGACCCAACAAUCGCCGACCCCACACCUCUCCUCGCAGAUAAGAAAUACGCAUAUGGCGACGACGACGCCCUGUGGCAGGGCACAUCCCACCUCCCCGGCUUCCAAGAAACCACCAUCGAAUUCUGGCAGCGCCGCCUCACGCUCGCCCGCAAAAUGAUCCGCAUCUUCGCCCUAGCCCUCAAUAUGCCAGAAUCCUACUUCGACCAAGUAACCACAAACCCCGGCGCAGACGGUCUCUACGUUCACUACCCCGGCUCCACAGAGCCCGUCGCCCCAGACGCCGAAACAGACGUCGGAAUCGGCUCUCACACCGACAUCCAAUGUGUCACCCUUCUCUGGCAGGAUAUGUCAGGUGGGCUGCAGGUGCUGUCGGGUGAUGAUGAGUGGCUCGAUGCGCGGCCGAUUGCCGGGACCUUGGUGGUGAAUAUUGGGGAUUUCUUGCAGAGGCUUUCGAAUAAUCGGUUCAAGUCUACUGUGCAUCGGGUUUAUAAUCGGCAGACUACGUCGCGAUACUCGAUGCCGUUUUUCUUGGGGUUUAAUCCCGAUUCGAUUUGUCGGGUUGUGCCUAGUUGUGUUGAUGAGGAGCAUCCGGCUUUGUAUGAGCCGAUUUCUUGUGGAAAGUGGCAUCAUGAUCGACUCGCACUUUCGCAUGGCAAAACUAUUACCACAUGA